CGGACUUUCUCCAGAGGACGUUCUCCUUUCCUGCUUCCAAUCUGUAAGAUUAGUCCCACUUAGAACAUUCCAGGCUUUUCCCAGUGUUGAUUUUCCUUUUAGUGUUUCUCAAGAUACUGUUCUUCAUUUACAGUUUUUUUUCAGUGCGUUUUUUUUUACAUUUUUUUUUACAGUGGUAGUGUUUUAACGGUAUUUUCCAGUGUUAGUGUUUCAUUUUACAAUUUCUUUCAAGUGUAAUUUUCUUUACAUUUUUUGCAGUGCCAGUGGUGUCUUGCAGUUUUUUAGUUUGUGUUCUUUGUGUGUAUAUUUUUUUUACAGUGUUAGUGUUCUUUGCGUGUUUUUUCCCCAGUGUUGGUGUAUUUAAUGUUGUUUUACAGUGUUAGUGUUUUUUUGUUACAGUUUAUUCCGGUGUUAAUGUUUUAUUUUUUACAGUUUUUCCAGUGUUUUUAAAACACUUGUUCCAAGGUUAGUAUUUUUACAGUGACAGCCUUUUUCCAUCCAGCGCUGGUGUUUUUUCCAGUGUUAUUUCUCCCUCCAGUGUAAUAUAUAUGUUUUUAUACAGUUAAUAUUCUUUUUUUCCUGUUAUCUCCAGUGUUAUUCCCCUCCAGUGUCCAGUGGCUGCGCUGCUCCUUUCCCGCCACAGGGCGGCAGCACCGCGUCAUUUCCGUCCAUCAGCUGUUGAUGAUCUGCAGCUGAUCAGAGGAUAUUUCACUUCAGCUGCUUCUUUUCCUCCAAACUCCGCUUUCAUCCGCAGCUUCCGGUCGGUCUCUGUCUCCGCUGCUGGACGUCGGUACCGGACCGGUUCGUCCCUCCGAGCAGCGGCUCUGAUCCGGUUCCUCUGAUGCUGUUGCGUUCUGACGCACCAAGAACCGCCUGAUUCAUUCCGAGGCGACAAGUUCGGUGUCGCAGCCCGAUGACCAGGACCAGGACAGGACCCAGGACCAGGACAGGGACCAGAACCAGGACAGGGACCAGAACCAGCAUGUGAGCCGGAGCUGCUCAGACGGAUUAAAUUUGUGUUUUUUUUAUUUUCAUGCUAGCUGAUUUCUGUCCUCCCUCCUCUGGACCGGACCUGCAGCAGAACCUUAGUGUUCCGGUGGUGUUCUGGUCGGUUCCUGGUCCGGAUCGAACCUCCGUGACGCCGCUGAACGCAGCUCGUCGCCGCUGCGCCAUGCGUCAAACCAAACCGGACCGGAUCCCGGAGCGGAGCGUUUAACGGACACGGACCGGGUUUAGUCCUUCUGGUUCCAGCUGAUUGAAACUUUUCCGGUUCCUCUCUGGUUCCUCCGUGGAUUUUGUCCAUGAAGCGUCUCCGCGGGUGAUUUUUACACUUCCUGUGGAUUUGUUUGACGAUGUGGACACCGACGGAGGACGAGAAGAUCGGAGUCGUGAUCUGCAGCUUCCGAGGCUCGGUGGUUCAUGGUUUGGCUCUGGAGGUCGGAGAGACGGUUCACAUCCUGGAGAAAUGUGAAGGUUGGUACAGAGGAUUCUCCACCAGGAGGCCAAACGUUAAGGGGCUUUUUCCUUCCACCUACGUCCAUCUGAAGAAGGCCGUGGUCACCAACAGAGGGCCUCAUGAGACGGUGGUUCCUCUGGAGGAUCCCAUCGUCACCGAGGUGACGUCAACGCUGCAGGAAUGGGCCUUAUUGUGGAAGCAGCUCUACGUGGUGAGAAGCAGUUUUAUUUUUCAGUCUGCAGCUCUACAUCUUAGUGGAACGUCAAACACCAGCAGCUGCACCUCACGGAGUUUAUAAAUCUA